ACAGACAGAACGCAGCCGGCGUCCGAGCGCGACGGACGUCUGCCGGACCAAUAUAGUAAAAAAAGGAAACAAAAUAACGUGUUGUGUGUUGAGCUGUGAUAAUAUUGUAUACAAAAUGAAGUUUAUUUUAUUAAUUUUCGCGUCUGUAUCAAGUUUGUGCUUCGUGCGGGGGCAAUCAUCAUGUCCUACCCCCAGCGGUGGGCAAGGAAAAUGUAUUACUGUAUUCGACUGUCCUCCUCUCCUCACUAUAUUGAACAACAAGAACAGAACUCCAAGUGACGUAGAAUUGUUGAGGAACUCCCAAUGUGGCUUCGAAGGACAGACGCCCAAGGUAUGCUGUCCAGAGCCGUGCUUCACACCUGACGGCGCUCCGGGCAAUUGUGUCGGUAUAUAUUCCUGCCCACAUCUAGCUGCGAUGCUUAAACCGCCGUCAUCUCAGCAAAACAUCCAAUACGUGCAAAAUUCUAAAUGUAACGGUCCAGAACAAUACAGCGUGUGCUGUGGACCGCCUAAACAACAGGCUCAAGUCGGCGAUUGUGAGAACAAAGUAAACGCCUUCCCACCGGAUCCGGCCACUGAAUGCUGUGGAGUUGACAGUGGAACUGGCAAUAAGAUUGUUGGUGGAACGGCAACAUCGAUUGACCAGUACCCAUGGUUGACGAUCAUUGAAUACACUAAAGGCAGCGUCAUCAAGACGCUAUGUGGUGGAGCUCUCAUCAGUGCAAAAUAUGUGUUGACAGCUGGUCACUGCGUGGCCGGACCCAUUUUAGAUUCAGGAACUCCAAAAAAUAUUCGCCUAGGAGAAUACGACACGAGCAACGAUGGCAAUGAUUGCGUGUUAACUGAAGGUGGCGGCGAGGACUGCACCGACCCACCUAUGAUCAUACCCAUUGACCGCACCAUACCUCAUCCACAAUACGACAGCAUCGGUAGGAAGAACGACAUCGGAUUGAUCAGGAUGCGGCAAAGUGCACCUUUCACAGAUUUCAUUCGACCAAUCUGUCUUCCAAGGACCGACAUCACUCUAACCCCUCCACCAAACUUCAGAUUAUUUGUAGCCGGAUGGGGGGCGGUCAACGAGACCCUAAACAAGAGUAAUAUCAAGUUACACGUAUCUGUACCAUUCGUUAAUAGCCAGAUGUGUACACCAAUAUACAAUCAUCCGAAACGGAGGGCCUCUCUAUGGGACAAGCAGUUAUGCGCUGGCGGUGAAAAAGACAGGGACUCCUGUAAGGGAGACUCUGGCGGCCCUCUCAUGUACGAGAACGGUCGUGUCUACGAAGUCAUUGGUAUCGUCAGCUUCGGACCUAAACCUUGUGGCGUUGAGAACAUUCCCGGAGUGUAUACCAAAGUAUAUGAAUACAAUACGUGGAUCCGAAAUACAAUUCGGCCUUGAAUUAUGUAGAACUUAUUAAAUUAGGAAGGAAAGAGCUUGUGUUAAUAUGAAUUAUAAUUAGGUUAAAUUCAUAUCAGUGGUACAAAACAGAUGGGCUCAAAUACCAGAAAUGCUACUGAACAAUAAGAAAACAAUAGUAAUACCGAUCUAUGAUGAAAAACUAUGCAUUUCUCCCAAAUGUUUGAUCUCAUUGAUUUAAAAAACGUUUAUUAGGGUAAUUUUUUAAUUACAUUUAUAUAUUAAUGAACAAUUUGUACAAAUAAGUUAAUCUUUCAUAUAAUUUCAAGACUGACAAUAGUUGUCGUCGAAAGUUAGACAGACGUAAAUAUAUUUUGGACAUAAGCUAGUCGAGUGAUAUUCUCGAUAUUUAUACAAUUUGUAAAAUCUUUUUAUUGUCUAAUUGUACUUUGCUAGCUUACAAUUAAAUAAUUAGUCAAGAUUCCUUUAUAAUGUAGAUUUUCAUAAGAUAAUUGAAAUAUUGUUAUUUUAUAUAAAGUAUAUAUUUUAAUUAAAACUAUUUGAUACUACAAAAAGACAUCGAAAUAAAA